GUCGUUGAAGUGAUCUCAAAGAAAGCAACAUGGCGGAAUCAGACACUCAGACAGUCCUCGUUGCAGCCGUACAAGCAGAACCAGAAUGGCUGGAUCUACAAGCUGCGGUCGACAAAACAUGCUCUCUUAUUUGGGACGCCGCUCAGCGGGGUGUCAGGCUAAUUGCCUUUCCUGAGUGUUGGAUACCAGGGUAUCCAGCAUGGAUAUGGACCAGACCAGUCGACAUGGAGCGGGCCGUCGCAUAUAUCCGCAGCUCCCUACGCUAUGACUCCACCGAAAUGGAGAGGAUCCGCACCUGCGCGCUCGAGAACAAAAUCAACGUCGCUCUGGGUUUCUCAGAAAACGACCACGGCUCUCUUUACAUCGCGCAGUGUGUCAUAACCGACAACGGCGAGAUCAAGGCGAAACGUCGCAAACUUAAGCCCACACAUAUGGAACGUACCGUCUUUGGUGACUGCACGGGGGAUUCGCUGUUGAAUGUGGUCGAUACGAGUGUUGGACGGGUAGGCGCACUGUCGUGCUGGGAGCAUAUUAACCCGUUGUUAAAGUAUCAUACUUUUUACCAAAGGGAGCUGUACCAUGUGGCUGCGUGGCCGCCGGUACGGCAUCAUUCUGGGGGGUCGGAGCUUUUUAGUAUGUCGCGGGAAGGAACUCGCAUUCUUGCUCAGACGUAUGCCAUGGAAUCAUCAACUUUCGUAAUUCACACAACCUCCUUGAUAUCCGAGAAAGGCAUACAAAAAAUGGGAACUGGCGAUGGUUCGUUAAUGAACGUCCCAGGAGGUGGAUCAUCCGCAAUCUUUGGCCCCGAUGGCAGACAACUCACAGAGGACCUUCCCGAGCACGAGGAGAAUCUCGUCAUCGCCGAAAUAAAUCCGGAUAAAGUACUUGGGAAUAGGUGUUUUGUCGACUCGUGUGGCCACUACAGUCGACCAGAUCUGCUUUGGUUGGGCGUUGAUCUGGAGGCUAAGAAGCGAGUCCGCAGUCAGAGCUCGCCCUCAGCACACCAGCAAGACACUUGAUUAUGGAUAGUCUACCAUAAUAAUAGACAAGAAAUCAAGUGUAUAUUUCUUUCUGAAUAAGGAGUUACUAUCUGUACAAAUAACCUGAAGAUGUCCGUUUAGCUACAACGUCUAAGUCCCGAA